CUAAUUAGUAUAUUAUGCGUAUACAUCGCCGCGAGGCUGAGACACCUGGCCACAAGCCCAAGGCCAGCAUCAUUCUGCAGCCCUGGAGGCAUCCAGAGGCUGAAAAGAAAAUCCCAACUAAGACACAUGCCGCGUCCGAUCAGGUGGAAAAGAUGGCCGAAUCAUUGCCACUGGAUAAAUAUCUCAGGUAUGUCAAUAAUGUAUAAUAAGUAUGCACUAUGUUGUACAGAGCGCGGUGUCGUUAUAAAAGAGAUGACUGUCGAUGGGAUUCUGAUAGGUUGCCUUCUCUCUUGUGACAGCAACUGCUGAGCGUUUUCUGUCGCUUUGAUCCAUCCGUGCCUUAGUUUCAACCCUCCCGGUUUCCUG